GACAUUCUUUUAGCAUGCACUGGUGCAAAAGAGAGAUCUUGUGCUCCCCGAAGACGGAAGGAGAGCUUGGCUUCAGAAGUUUCAAAGACUUCAACUUGGCACUCCUGGCAAAACAAGCAUGGAGACUCCUCUCCUCACCGGAUGCACUCUGGAGCCGUCUGCUAAGAGGACUGUACUUCCCAAGGGGAAACUUCCUUUCGGCAAAGAAGGGCAGUAGAGCAUCCUGGAUAUGGGCGAGCCUAUGGGAGGCCAAAAAAGUUAUUGAGUUGGGAACGGUAAAAGUCAUUGGAUCAGGUGAGGAAACAUGGGUGGAUAAGGACCCGUGGGUCCCUACCCUUCAGAAGGGGACUAUUGGAAGCGGCCCUCAGAACCACAUCAGAGUCAAGGAGUGGAUUGAACCGGGAGAAAGGAUCUGGAACUCAAACCUCAUUCAGGGAAACGUGACGGAGGAUGAACUGGAAGCUAUUUUGAGAAUCCCUAUAGGGGAAGAGGAUUCGGAGGACUUUUGGGCUUGGAAAUUUAAUAAUGAGGGCAAUUUCACUGUCAAAUCAGCGUAUCACGCGAUCCAUGAGACCAACACCAUCACUGCGCCGCCAGGGAAUUCUGAUAAGUGGAAAUGGAUUUGGUCUCUACAGCUGCCUCCGAAACUCAUUUUCUUCAUUUGGAGGUGUGCAAAGAAUGGGAUUGCCACGAAAGAGAGGUUGAGGCAUCGUAAAUGCUCUCCGGAUGCGACAUGCCCGGUUUGCCAGAAUCAACUUGAAUCCAUCGUCCACUGCAUGUUUGAGUGCCAGCAUGCGUUAUCUUCGUGGAACAACAUUUUCCCAUCUCUUCCACUUCCACCUCAAUCCACCACCUUCUUUGAUUGGUUCUGCUCAUUGAAAGACAGUGUGCAGCCCAAUAGUCUCAUCUUGAUUGUCUACCUCUGCUGGAAUAUCUGGAAAGCAAGGAAUGAGCGUGCCUUCAAGAAUCGUAUCCCGUGGCCCCCAAAUACCUGUAGGCAGACCGUCAGGGAAUUCACCGAAUGGACAUCGUGCCCGAGACUAUCCCAGCCUCAUGUCCAAACAUCUUCUGUUCAGCUCAGGGAUAACCUACCUCAUCCUUCUCCACCGCCAAGCAAUCACCACAUGGUGAUUCACUGUGAUGGGUCGUUCAUAAGCGACUCCCAGCCGGCGGCUUAUGAUGUUGUUGUUAUUAACCACCAUGGACAAGUAUGCGAUGGGCGAGCUGACAUUUUACUUUGUUCCACCCCGUUUGAAGCUGAAGCGAAGGCGCUUUUGGAAGGUCUCAAAUUAGCCCAAGAAUAUGGAGGAGAAUGUAUUGUCCAAUCAGACUGUCUUAAUCUUGUUCAAGCUCUCAGACAGGACAAAGCGAGAUGGCCAUGGAGGGGAGCGGCAUGGAUGGGAUCCAUGAAAUCGAUCCUUCAGGCCUCAAAUCGCAUUGAGGUCAGGUUUGUUCAUAGAAAGUUUAAUGCUAGAGCUGAUUGGGUGGCCAGGUCUUUGGCAAGAAAUUCACUCCCAGAUGACUGGAUUAGUAUUCUUGAUCUAAUUUCCGAUUUCCUUUAGCUUUGUAACCGCCGUUUUUGGUUUCACCAGAGUGGAAUAAAGUUCAUCUUUGGUCCAAAAAAAAACAUUCUUUUAGCCUUUAGGGAUCAAUUUUUACUUGAUCAACUAACAAUUCUCUAACAACCAGCGUUCUGUUUGGCUUGUUUUGAUAUAUACUCUGCGAGAUACAGGCCGAAUCUUGUAGGGAUGGCAAAAAUAUCUGUAAUCGUUCGAAUCCGACCUACUCGAGUAGGGUAAAAUCCGAACCCGAAGGACUUUUUAGUGGGUAUGGGUAAAACUCGAACCCGAAUAUUGCGGGUAAUGGGUGGGCAUGGUUUUCUCACUAUCCAACCCGAACGUGCCCGAUUAUACGCAUGCAUAUGUUUUUUGUCUAGAGAUAAUUCUUAUUUUUCUCUAACAUAUUUUGUAUUAAGCAUAUGAAUAUAGUAUUUUUCAUGAA